AUGAAAAGGUCCCGGAUAAGAAAACACUCCCCUAUUUACCUGAGUCCUUCACCGUCUCCCGAGAGGGAGCUGCCACCGCCCAGUCCAUCCACUACUGCUCUGGAUUGGGAAUAUACCACGAUCAUGUCGAGGUCGAGACCCACCAGCGGGGCCUUGAUGCCCGGCGCUGUCAUUUUAACACCACCCACUCUCUCGGAGAUUCUCUCUAAUACCUCCACUCCGCCAUGGACACUAGCAGCCUUCAUGGCCUAUCUUUCUCAGAACCAUUGUCUGGAAACCCUCGAGUUCACCAUGGACGCCGACAGAUAUCGCAAGGCAUACGACCAGAUCAUCAACAACCAGGAAUGGAUUGGCGAUGGUAAAGAGCAUGUUUGCUCGUUAUGGGAGAAGCUGAUGCAAGCAUACAUCAUUCCCUACGCACCACGGGAGGUUAAUCUACCUUCCCCCGUGCGGAAUCAUCUUACGAAUCUGGACUGCUCUUCGGCGCCACCUCCUCCAACCGAACUGGACGAUGCCGUCAGAAUUGUCUACGAGCUCAUGAACGAUUCUGUACUCGUUCCCUUUAUCGAGUCUGUCCAACCGGGCCACGGCGAUAGCCGUACGGCGGAGGACGAUGGGCGUCCAGGUCGCUUGCGCGUUCGGGCUGAGGGCGCCGGGGCUAGGUUAGAAGAAGCCGUGAAGUCUCCCAAGUUCCUUCCCCAGCUGACUCUAGGUCGCAGCGGUGCUACAAGCCGAUCGGCUUCUGCUUCGGGCGAACCCAAUGAACGCGAGGGAUUGACGGACGACAGCGGAAGCGCCGUUUCUCCUGGCACAGAGCCAAUGACUCCUCCCACCACCCCGCCCACAUCAGACUGGACAUUCAGCACUUCCCCUGGUGGACUUCAACGGGCGUUGACUGCCCACAACAAUGGGUGGAAGAAGGACGCAGAGGUCAUGCCAUCAACUACAUCCACUACACCAGCGACAUCAUCUUCUCACCUCCCUCUGGACGGCUUCUCACGCGUCCGUCACCUUUUUAACCCGUGGGAGGAGCCUCAUCCAGGUAAACGACUACCCCUCGCGGCGUCAGAGGCCAGCAGUGAAACUAAGAAGGUUGCUUUUACUGGUCCACAACACAUCAACAUUGGUGGAUGCAAAGGUGGCAUGGCCGCAAAGGAAUUUGGCGCAUAUCACAAUGCACGGCCUUGGAUGGUACGACGCCCUAUUCGCGUUCGAUCGCGAACCAACACUCCGGCUCCCCUGAGGAUUACAACGGAUAUACCUGAAGAUGCCAAGUUGAAACCGAUCCCAGUUCACCACGUCGGAACUCUUUCUCCCGCAGUGGUCACUCCAGCCAUAUCUCCCGCGGUACUAGAUGAUUCUGGCGAAACUGACAGCAAGGUUACCGACGACUUAGCCGCCAAUGAGGUUGAUGCAAGCAAGCUACCCUUGCCCGCGUCUCCUCCAAUCGAUUGCCGGUUCACCGAUUUCUCAAAUUUGCUCGGCAUCAAUAUCCAUCCUCCACCAGAAGACGAGGCUGUUGCGAUGCCUACCGAAGAACCCACAUCCUACUGUCAUGCUGUGCCCGAUGAGGAUCUCUAUGGAUGGGACGCCGAGCUCGAGCGGCAAAGUCAGCAAAGCAGCCCAAUCUUGCCGUACCCGUGCGACGAUGAUUAUCAAUACCGGCGGACAAGCAUGACGAAGCGCAGCCUCUUGCAUCGCGUUUUCAGCAUGGGAGGUUCACCCAAGGAUAUCAACAUCGAAGUGCGUCGAGCCAGCAGCACUUCGAGCUAG